AUCCUCCCACGAGGGAGGCCUGGGACAAGAAGAACUUGUUCUUAGGCCACCUGAGGUUGGUCGAAAACACGCAGAUCGGUAUGUUGAUCCGACUUCCUGGGUCUUCAGAGUGAUCUCACAUGCGACGCUCGCAGUUUGUGGGCGGUGGAGUCCGCGUUGGCACGAAGUUUGUAGGUACGGUCAGCAAAACACCUCUUAAAACAGACCCAGAGUUACUACACGAUGGUCGCAAUGAAGACAGCGAGGAUGAACGUCUGUGUGAUCGUUGUGCUUCUAACAGUAACAGCCCGUGUACAGAGCGCAGACGAGCACUCCCCGUCCGGUACCUGUGACCUGUCCGACCUGUACGGCAUGGCAGCCAGCUGUGAAACAGACUUCAUAUGUCACAGCCAGCAAUAUUACUGCAGUACUCGGUACGAGGCCCUGCUGUUCUGUGUGACCGGGAUCGUGUGGAACUGUUUCCGCGGGAUGAUGAGUGACGAGGAUCUGGUCGUCAAGGCGGCUACAGUACAGAUGAUGUUCAAGACGUCCCGGAGUCAAGACUUCUACUGCAGUGGAAGGAUAUGGACACAUCUAGACGUGGGCCGGUACCUAGCUGACAAUGACGGGGCGUGUACUCCUGCUUUCUACGACGAAAAGGAUGAAUGCUUCUCUUCGGUCUCCCCGACCCUGAAUAGCGGACAAUUUCUAGAUCCUCAGCUUUGCAAUAACUACGAUGUCGCUCUCGCGUGCACGAGGGAAGCAGUGAGGAAGAACUGCAGAUUUUCCGGCGAAACACGGAACGUUUCACUUGGGCACAACCCGUUCUGCGACUGCCAUGAUGUGUCGUAUACAACUACCAACAGUCACACCAACAAGCAGGGCACACUUCCUACUGACAUUCCCAGCAUUUUAACAACCGAAACUUCGGAUAACGAAACUUUGAUAACGCAGACGUACGAACCUCCUUUGGAGGAUCCCUACCUAAGUGUAGAGGUUGUAGACAUAGACUUCAUGAGCAAUGCUGGGCAGAGUUUGCUGGCUUUGUCAAAGGUGUGCACGGCUUUUAUCAUAUCUGUCUCACUGCUGUUGAUUCAUAUCAACUAGACUACACGAAUUCUAGAAUGCCAGAUGUUAGUUCUGUUUUAUUUCAAACACAUGAACUCUUACUAUCAGGUUCGAACUGUAUGCACAGCAAGUUCAGACGGUCACGGUGCUUACAAAUGCCAUACCUAAUAAUGUUAUAUUUCACAUUAAAGUGUAUAUACAAAUCUACAAAUGUUUACAUAUCCUUCCUCAAAUAUGUUAUAACAAUCAAGCUAGUAUAUUACAACCUUACAUGUGUUGAUAUUGAUCGUUAUUAGUUAAGUGAGUAAAUAUGUAAAGUCAACCUUGAGUUGCGGGCAACCCAUUUAGAUCAUGUAACAAUAUCUAGAAUGAAUUAUGACAGCAAAAUGACUUUAGAUAUCAUUUUGUGCCGUGCACGCGUGAGAACACAGUUGAAAUAUGAAUAUGUCUCUAUGUAUGACAUGGAUAUAAUGCAUAAGUAACGUUUUACUUAAGCCUAUGUUAUCCUUACUAUGAUGUUACCUGGCAUCUAACAUAUAAUCUGAAUACAUGAUCGGUGAUCAUCCGUUCAUAAUAUUGUUUGGUAUUUUCCGUUUCUGAUGCUGCCUUUACUAUCAUGACUAUAGUAUAUACAUCAUCCAUAUACUUAUAGUUACAGGAAGGUUACAUAGGCGAUAAUAUUGAAUUGUGAAAUAACAACAAAGACAAAUCUACAGUCAUAUAACACACUAGUAAGUGUCUAUUAUGAGGGGCAAUAUUUGUUAGACAGUUAUAAUACUCAAUUGGUACAACAAAAGUGUAUCAUUAACUCGCGUUUGAAUGAAGUACUACACUCUUA